CCAUCAUGUUAGUAUAAAAAAAUCCGUGACGCGCAUGCGCCGUGGCAGUAGCGUACGAGAAAAUGGCAGACGUCUCGUUGGAUGAAGUUAUACGACGGCGCGGUAUUAACCUAAAACCUCCAGCUAAACGGCCCAUGUUUGGACGUGUUGGGGGCGGGGAGAGUAAAAAUUUUGAUGCCAGGCAAAAGAUCGGAGUCAGUGAUGCAAGACAACGCCUGGGAGGGGGAACAGGUUUUCAAGUGAAGGAUGCCAGAGAGAAGCUGGUUCAGAAAGAUGCUCGGUUCAAAAUCCGUGGCAGGGGAGGAUCAGGAGCUGUGCAGGAUGCUCGACAGAUGAUCAACUCACGUAAACAGGGGCAAAGUCAGUUUGGCACCCCUGCACAGACCACACUAAAGGCAGCGAUAGUACAACAGCUGCAAAGCAAGACGCCUGUGCCACAGAUACAGAUACAAGCCAACAGUACUCUUGCUAGCGCAAAUCCUAGGCUUUUUACCACUAAUGUACAAGGACUGAAUACCAGAGUCAGCACAACACCACAGCUGAGCAACAAUGUACGAGUAAUGGAUGCUCGCGAUAGGCUGAGCCUUAAGAGGAGCAUUGGAGGAACACAGACGCAAGCGGCUGCUGAGCCAGCUCUAAAAAUAACAAAGACCAUCCAGCAACGUCCAGCUGGGACCUUAGGUGGGAUUCGUGCAAUGACGCAGCCUGCCUUAAGUGACCUUGACACCAUUCCCAGCAAACAGAUAAAGAUCACAACUGCCAACAAUAUGCUCCAGUCCCGGAGUGGCCCGGCAAGUUCCCUGUUCUCCAUGACAGCCCCGAUCACUAAGGUGGUUAAAAAUGAUGCCUACACCGCCCCGCGGCCUCCCGUCCCUGUGGUGCCCACCCGGCCUAACACCAGCACGGCUGCUGCCAGUUCCUCUGCUGCAGCUUUGCGUCCUGUCUCCAGAACUCUGCAGCAGAGGACAGCUGAAGCCGUCCCUGCAGCACCUGCUCCUCCUCAGCCUACUUUCAGCCCGUUGGAGGGAACUAAAAUAACCGUGAACAACCUUCAUCCCCGGGUUUCUGAGGAAGACAUAGUGGAGCUGUUCUGUGUGUGCGGUGCUUUGAAGCGAGCGCGCCUGGUGAAGGUGGGUGUCGCUGAGGUGGUGUUUGUCCGUAAGGAGGAUGCCGUCAGUGCAUACAGGAAGUACAACAAUCGCUGCUUGGAUGGCCAACCCAUGAAGUGUAACCUUCACAUUCAGGGAAGCGUCAUCACUUCUGAUCAGCCCAUUUUACUAAGACUCAGCGACACCCCAGGAGCAGGCGGCAGCGUGAAGAAAGACGGCCUGCCGCCUUCUCUGUCCCGUCCCAGCGGCCAGCGAGCCUCCUCUCAGCCCACUGCUGAAGUGGACCCCCAGACCAUUCUCAAAGCUCUGUUCAAGUCCACCACACAGUCCACCUCCACCACCGAGGCGCCCAGCUCACAAACCACCGCCUUUCGCAUCAAGAUAUAAAGCUGAUGUCCGGAACGAAUGCGCUGCUGUGUUUCAGCGUUCUCAGUGUUCCCAUUAAAGCCGUGGUUCCCACUGAUGGCAAGCAGCCCACAUUCUCUGAUGAAACUGGUUUUUAAACAUUUCAUUGAGAUGAGUCCUUGGAACGAUGGGUUAGAGGAUGAUCCACGUCCUCUUUAUCGUAGGUUUUGUGUAAUCCAGUGUUACUUGGACCAGCUGAAGAAAUGUUGAUAUUUUAAAUCAGCAUAAAGAUGGGGUGGUAGAUGUGUUGUUUUAUAAAAUUUGGCUUGUUUUUACUCUGCAGGUAUCUGCACCUUCCAAAAGGGUGAUUUAAAAGAAUACCCGACAGGCAAUUUGAAAGCUGAAGCUACAAAGAAUCAACACCAUUUAAAAACAUGCACACAUGUGGUUGUUUAGUUAUUAGAACCUCUAUCAGAGCUCAGUCUAUUUGACCAGAAUAUUUCAGUUUUCUUUAGCAAUGAUUCCCCACUUUGGGACCUGGUAAAACAAAUUACCAGUUCUGCUUGUAAAAAAAGAACAACAUACAUGUAUUACAGCAGCAGGAAGAGACCAGGACCAGGUUUUCAUUGGAUUUCCAGUUGGUGUGGAAUUCAGUGCUCUGUAACGAGUUCCUCGUGCUUGUUUAGUUUUGGAGCAGAGUAAAUAUAAUUUGUUGUAGUACACAUUACGCUCUGUUUAUGGCAAACAACUGUAAAAACUUUUAGGUUGCUUUUUUUUUUUGUCAGUCGGGGAUGACGGAUCUGUUUGUGAAAUGUUGCCAUUAAAUAUUUAGCUUUUUAGAUCUAG